AUGGACACCGGCCUCAUCUUACUUGCCAUCUCUGCCGUACUCUUCGAGGUGGUCGUCAUCGUCUCAUGGUGGUGCACCAUGACGCCCCGCGGCUCCGCUGACGGCCCCGAAAACGACGCUCGGCGCGAGGAACAAGAACGCAGGGAGGGAGCAGCGCGUAGAAUUCGGGACUUCGAGGAGCAGGAGAUGAGGCGCGAGGUGGACAAGAAGUGCGAGGAGCAGCGCAAGCAAGACGCCGAAAUGAUUCGCGAGCUCGCUCGGAAGACCGCUUCGUUGGGGCAGGCGGAGGAGCGCGAUGCUAACAAGGCCCCGCUGCUUCCGCAGGAUGAGAAGAAUGAGAUGUUAUGA